CACUUCCUGAUGUUGGUCUAGUGGGCGGAGCGAGCAGACCGAGAGAGAGAGAGAGAGAGAGAGAGAGAGAGAAGCAGCCAGGAAGCUGCAGCAGCGCAGUCAGUGGUGCCUCCCCCUGUUCUUCCUCUCCACUCCUCCUCUCCAGCUGCUGCUACAGUGCAGCCAGCCGUCCAGCGAGUGCAGCUCUCCACAAGCUGCAGCAGUCGGUCGUCCAGAGACACAUCACAGAUCACAGCCACCAACAGCAGUAGGGAAGGGGAGACACUAGCGCACGGAGCCCAGCCAGCAACACACAGACACACACACACACACACCCCACACACACACACACACACACACACACACACACACACACACACACACACACACACACUCCUCCUCUCCCACCACACUAUUCCGCGUGGCGCCUUCACUCAUUUGCUUGUUCACUCGCUCUCUCGCUCGCUCCGGUCUUCUCCCUCGCUCCUCUCCCUCGCUCCUCUCUGCUCUGCCUGAGAAUGGUCCAGCCGGUGCCUGGGGCUCUGCUGUCACGGCCUGUCUGAACACACACAGACAUACACACUCAACAGACACACGGAUGCACGCGCACAAACCCAACAGCGAUGUGAGAGAGGAAGUGCCUUCCCUGACGUCUACUGCAGCUUCCAUCCGCUUCUAAAGCCAAAGCUCCGCCCCCCCCCACCCCACCCCACUUUGCCUCGCUUGCUGCCACGGUAACGCGAGCACAAGGACACCAACCACACACGUCAUCCCGGCCCACGCCUAGAACUCACGCCCAGACCUGCACCCUCCUUCAGCUCCAGCCUCCAGCCCCAAGCCUCCUCCAGCCCUAUCAUCACCAGGCCUCCAGCCCUAUCAUCACCAGGCCUCCAGCCCUAUCAUCACCAGGCCUCCAGCCCCAAGCCUCCACCAGCCCUCCCAUACCACGCUACCCCACAAAGCCUCUCUCCUUUUGGGGCGAGACUCUCAAUCAGAGUCUCCUCCGUUUCUCUGAUCUCCAUAGAUUUACAUUCAGUCACAGCCUGCAGCACUACUGUAUCCAGAACAGCAGGAUCUGAAGCCUGGCAGCUGGAUUGUUGGUGAGAGACAAGUUGAGACAGACAGAGAGGGGUAGAGAAAUUCUCCGUCGGGAUUAUUGGCUGUUGAGUGUGUUCUCGAUGCUCUAAGGAAAGGGAAUGUCCCAAUAAACAUUGUUACAAUACAUUUCACCUAUCGCCUCGACACGUUUGUUGGAAUCUUUCGGAGAAUAAGGAAGAGGAGAUUUACCUGUGUCCAACCAAAGAACACACAGCAACACACACGUCACGCUUUAGCCCCGAUUCGGACAGAUUACUUGUAUUUUCCUGGACUGUCUCGGUCACCAUGGCACACAUGAGCAUGGCACACAUGCGCGACACUAAGUGGCUGACGCUGGAGGUGUGUCGUGAGUUCCAGAGAGACACGUGCUCGCGCUCCGACCAGGAGUGUAAGUUCGCCCACCCGGCCAAGAGCUGCCAGGUGGAGAACGGCCGAGUCAUCGCCUGCUUCGACUCGCUCAAGGGCCGUUGUUCCAGGGAGAAUUGUAAGUACCUCCAUCCUCCUGGUCACCUGAAGACCCAGCUGGAGAUCAACGGCAGGAACAAUCUGAUCCAGCAGAAGAACAUGGCCAUGUUGGCCCAGCAGAUGCAGCUCGCCAACGCCAUGAUGCCUGGCACACAGCUUCAGCCUAUGGUGAAUCUCUAUGACCUGGUCCAAGACAGCAACAGGUUCAGCUUACAUCAACCUAUGUUCCCCAUGGCGCCAGGCCUGGCCACCAAUGCCAGCGCUGCGGCUUUCAACCCGUACCUGGGCCCUGUGUCACCCGGCCUGAUGCAGCCAGAGAUCAUGCCCAGUCCACAGGUCCUCAUGGCAGGCCACCCCAACCACGGACAGGUCCCCAACGCUGCUGCCGCUGCCGCACAGAAACUCAUGAGGACAGACAGACUGGAGGUGUGUCGUGAGUACCAGCGUGGCAACUGCUCCCGGGGGGAGAACGACUGUCGCUUCUCCCACCCCUCCGACAGCACCAUGAUAGACACCAACGACAACACGGUCACCGUGUGUAUGGACUACAUCAAGGGCCGCUGCUCCAGGGAGAAGUGCAAGUACUUCCACCCUCCGGCCCACCUGCAGGCCAAGAUCAAGGCCGCCCAGCACCAGGUCAACCAGGCCACCGCCGCUGCAGCCAUGACUCAGUCGGCUGUCAAAUCACUGAAGCGACCCCUCGACGCAACCUUUGACCUGGGGAUCCCCCACAGUAUCAUGCCUCCCAUGCCCAAGCGGGCAGCCCUGGAGAAGGCUAACGGGGCUUCUGCCAUGUUCAACACUGGCAUGCUCCAGUACCAACAGGCCCUAGCCAACAUGCAGUUUCAGCAGCAGGCUGCCUUCCUGCCCUCAGGCUCAAUAUUCUGCAUGACCCCCACCACCGGUGUUGUACCCAUGAUGCACGGUGGUACGCCAGCAUCUGCAGCCACCACAUCUGCCACAAGCGUUCCCUUCGCAACCACCUCAGCCAAUCAGGACUCUUCCUUAUCAAAGUUGACUACCAAUGAGUACAUGCAAUUGAUUCCAAUUAUUUCUGCCGAUCAUCUGAGUAACCACAAGUAUCUGACUCAAAUGUAGUCAAGAACAAUCAAAUGAAUGGUUGAUGGCACCGUCCAAGCCUAAAGAGUUCAGCCUUUAUGUAAAUAGUGUUCAGAAUGUCAAGCAAUGGACUGGAGGACCAUCGGUCAUCAUCUCUCAGCCACUCUGGAAUGCUGGUCUUGUUACGCAUGCAAACAUCGGUGUGCUCGGUCGAUGCCAUGACACACACACAUACACAUACACACACACACACACACACACACACACACACCCUCGUCCUCCAAGUCAACGUCCAGCUGAGAAGAGGAGUGUCUGUCUGUCUGUCCUUCUCUGCUGACAGACAGACGCUGAGUACAUUAACAGUACACCUGUUUGUUCAAACACAAAACCAUGGCACUCAAAUUAUUUUACCUUUUUUCUGCACACACAUGAGGUUGAGACCGAGGUGUUGUUGCAUCUACCCUGAAUAAUACAGUGUUGGUACGUUGGUAGACCAAGACAGAAGUUUUUUAUUCGCUUUGUUCUGUUUUUAAAUUAAUCGACUUAAAACAUUUGCAAACGUGCCCCUUAAAUUUCAAUUUAAAUCAGAAAG